AAAGUGCUUUCAUUUGUUUUUUAUAUAGGUUAGGAUUACGGUUUUUGGAAUUUUCGAUUUUUUCAUAUACAUACAUAUAUCAUUGUCAAAUUGUUAGCCCCAUAAUGUGAUUAUGUCUGAUCCCCAACUACAAGAUGAAGAAAUGGAGGUUUUGCUAUCCAUUUAUGAUGGGGACAAUUCCUUCAAACAAAUCAAUUCCACCACAUACCAAUAUAAAUAUGGUGAGAGCGAUUCGAAUAAGUCCUUUGUACUAGAAAUAAAAUGGGGAAGUGAGUAUCCAAAUGAGUUACCGGAUAUUAGUAUGGAUACCUUUUACAAUAAACACAUAAUUCAGGCAUUGAAGACAAAGAUUAUCGAUCUCGUGAACACAGAAGCACAACAAUACUUAGGAAUGUCGAUGACUUACUCUUUGUUUGAAUUUGUUAAGGAAAAAUUUGAAGAGUUGAUAAAUGAGCAGCCAGAUGAACCUGAAAAGCUUGAAAUUGAAAAAAUUUGCAUUUCGUCACCAGAUACACAAGAAAAUAUUAAGAAAGACAGAAAAGAACAACUGACUAAAGCUCAAAAAAGACGUCAAUGGAACAGAACAGAUGCUAAAGGUGAAAAACCAAGAGGAUGGAACUGGGUGGAUAUUGUAAAACAUCUCUCACAGACUGGUUCUAAAGACGACAGCCAACCGAUUUCAUGAUUAUUUAAAAAAAUUCAUUUUAAUAAAAUGUUUUGAAAGUAA